CUGGACUGUGGUGUAUUGUGGUCCAAGCAUGCGAUGGCAGGCGAGUGGAUGAUAGACGGAGGGAGAGAGGGGUGAUUAGUUGGGGAUGGCGGACAAAUCACUCACGGUGUUUGUGAAGCUGUUCGCCGCGGGGUUUUAUGGACUCAGUUCUUUCCUCAUCGUUGUGGUAAACAAGAGCGUCCUCACACACUACAGGUUCCCCUCAUCAAUAUGUGUCGGCAUUGGUCAGAUGCUAGCUACCGUGGUCUUGCUGUGGGUGGGCAAGGCUCUGAGGGUGAUCAGCUUCCCAGACUUCGACCAGGGCAUACCUCGCAAGACCUUCCCGCUCCCUCUGUUGUAUGUAGGCAACCAGAUAACCGGACUGUUUGGAACAAAACAGCUAAACCUGCCAAUGUUCACAGUCCUCAGGAGAUUCUCGAUCCUUUUCACCAUGAUGGCGGAAGUUCUGCUACUCAAAAAGAAAUUCUCCAGGCCUGUUCAGCUGACUGUGUUUACUAUGAUCCUGGGGGCUUUUGUAGCAGCAAGUGCUGACCUGUCUUUUGACCUCCAAGGCUAUGUGUUCAUUCUCUUGAAUGACAUUCUGACGGCAGUGAAUGGAGCCUACGUCAAGCAGAAGCUGGACUCAAAGGAGUUGGGGAAGUAUGGCUUGCUGUAUUAUAAUGCGUUAUUUAUGAUAUUUCCAACGAUGCUGCUAGCUCAACUCACUGGAGACGUUCAGAGGGCGAUGGAGUAUGAUGGCUGGUCAGAUGUUCUGUUUCUCAGCCAGUUCAUCCUGUCCUGUAUCAUGGGGUUUGUGCUGAUGUAUUCUACAGUUCUCUGUACACAAUACAACUCCGCUCUAACCACCACCAUCGUGGGCUGUAUCAAGAAUAUUCUAGUGACAUACAUUGGAAUGGUGUUUGGUGGAGACUACAUUUUCUCCUGGACAAACUUCAUUGGUUUAAAUAUCAGUAUUGCAGGCAGCCUGGUGUACUCCUACAUCACCCUGACUGAGGAACAGUCCAGUAAGCCCUCAGAGAGUGCCAGCAAGAUGGAGAUUAAGGGGAAGGUGGUGGUGUGACAUCACGGGAAGACAGUUUUAUGACAAUCCCAGUGACAUCACAGGAAGACAGUUUUAUGACGUCCUGGUGACACCAUGGGUAGGUGGUUGUAUGAUCAGGGGAAAAGACACUUGACAUACUUUUUCAUUGUUUGACAUUUUAACAGUCCAUGAGGACUUUCUAUUUUUGGUACUUUUUGUAUUUAUGGACUUUUAACUGCUAUUGUUACCAUAGCAACCAACCAAACCCCCUACCAUGGCAACAGGCUCAUUCCAUCAAACACCUUGAGUGGGAGAGCAGUGCUGAAAAAACACAUGAUUGACAUAUUCAUAACUGAUAAGGUUUUAUUCCAUAACUAAAGUCCACUCUACCGCUUGUUCAUAACAAAGAAAUCAUACAAUGGCAUCCUGUUUGUGAUAGAAUGACGAGGAUGGAAUUUAUGUCAGAACCAAGCAGAAUGUCUGUAAGUGGCAUUUGAGGUAAUAUUGUGAGGGUGGUGUGCCUGUUGGUUUGAUGCUUCUGUUGUCCAAAGGAAAGACUGUUUACAUUGUUAAUUCAGUAAGACUGAAGGUCUGCUGUAAGUGUUUUUUUUAUUUUAUUAUAUUUAUCAAAAAAAUAUAUGCUUUUAAAACAGUGUUAAUAUUCCACUUUUUCCAAUGUCUGGCUAGUAGCCAGUGUUGGGAGAAGUUAAAUUAUAGAUGCCUUACUGUGAUACCCAUAAGGUCAGAGGUUAACAACACCUAACAAUGAAACUACGCUGCUAGGUCCAUGUUUCCCUUAAGACUUGAAGUGUUCCUUAUAGCUUCUGAGCUGGUGUAGCUACAAGAUGAAUCACUGACUUACAGUGGGGCUGUUUUUACUGAUUGGCUGUGGUCAGAAAAGUGGACUCUUGCAGUUAUAGUUUGGCUGUUAGAAGAUAACUUCUCACCUAAUGUUUAGGGUGGAACUAAUGGAACCCUAAAGUCUAAGGUUCUGGGUUAACAAUGGACCUAACGGAACCCUAAAGUCUAAGGGUCUGGGUUAACAAUGGACCUAACGGAACCCUAAAGUCUAAGGGUCUGGGUUAACAAUGGACCUAACAGAACCCUAAAGUCUAAGGGUCUGGGUUAACAAUGGACCUAACAGAACCCUAAAGUCUAAGGGUCUGGGUUAACAAUGGACCUAAUGGAACCCUAAAGUCUAAGGUUCUGGGUUAACAAACAGAACAGCUGUCUGCCUUGUAAAAACAAAGUCAGGUCCCUUUUAAGUGUUAAAUGCCACCACGUAACAGUCAGGUUUGACAGUAUUCACCUUUUUUAUAAUUGCUGUUUUUAUAAAUGAAUGUCAGCACUCCACAUGGUAUUUGCUGAGUAUAAUUAUUUCCUUUUUCUAUUUCUGUUACUGGGCUGUGUUUAAGACUUGUGAAGUUGGGUACUAAGAUGGGUUUAUAAUUAUGGUGUAACUGUAACAUAAAAAAAUAAUUUCUUAACAUUAAAAGAAUACCUCAUCUAUUACA